AUGGAUACUAAGUGUAUGGACGUUAUCGAGAAUGAAGAUGAAGGGUUAGAAAGAUCUGAAUUACUGCUCAAUACAACGGAAGAGAAGGGAAGGGAUACUGAAAGCAAUGAGAGGAGCGAUGUAGAAUCAGUUUGGUCUGAAUUCCCUGACCAUAUAGUGGAGGAGAUAUUUUCGAACCUACUGUUCGAAUUCACUCUUCCAUUUCGUAUUGUUUGUAAACAAUGGAAUAAGCUCUUAUCCUCUAACAUAUUUCUAUCUUCAUUGGCAGAGAGCGAUCCAUGGAUUCUUCUAUGCAGCUCAACGCAUUGCAUGGCAUACUGUUUUCUAACUCAGUGUUGGAAGACUCUUUCCCUUAGUUUCUUGCCAAGCCGAACAACAAAAAGUUUCUCAUUAGGCAAUACAAGAUUUUGUAGUUCAGGUGCAGGCCUACUGCUAAUCGAAUUCGGAUGGCCUCGGAAAUAUAUGAUCUGUAAUCCAAUUACAAGGACCUACAGAUAUAAUGCCCCCGUCAUAUCACAGAGUGCAACUUUAUCGGCAAUAAUGGACAACAGGGAGUCCUACAAAAUUGUGGGUGUGACACAUGAAAGAAACCCCGGUUCCCUACAAAUUUACCAUUGUUCUAAAGCGUCAUGCCAGAUUGAACUUGAGUUGCCACUCGAGCCAAGAGAUUUUCCUGUUUCUCAUAUUUGUUGUGCCAAGGGUCUUCUCAUGUGCGUCUUAAACCAUGUGGAAUUUGUGGUUUGGAACAUGGAAGAUAAGCAAGUGCAACGAUUUUUCUUUCGUACCCGAAUCUAUAUAUUCCAGGGGGAGGAAGAGAGCUCUAUAUGGAGUUGGAAAGAGAUGACAAGAAUGCCUCCUGAUUUGUGUCGUAAAUUUUUUAAUGCGCGUUCAAUUAAAAUGGGAAAGUUUUCAGAGUAUGAGACUUUCAUUGUUGGAAAUUUUCUCUGUUUCAGAGGUGGGUAUAGAAAUACAAAGCUCUUUGUCUACAGCUUACAGGGGAAGGGCUGGAGUCGGAUCAGAGUUCCUGAUUCUGACAGAUUUAGAAGGUAUAACACAAAUUUUGAGUUUCAACCUAAGCCAGGCAUGAAGAUAUAG